GAUCUCUGUAACCGGCAGAGGAUAGGAUGUGUGCGGUAUUAGGACUUAUUUGCGUGCACAAUUAGCUUAAACUUUAAAUUAGUAUUAGACAAAGAGGCUAAUGAAAAAAAUACAUUUAUAUUUUUUCUUCCAAAAAAAGUCUACGUUUGUUGGCUCUGUAGUGUGUGGAUGUGAUAAUUGCAACAGUACAAAGUUAGCUGACUACAUUUUAAAAACUACAAGCCCCAAUAACCGGAAGUAGUUUAGAAUGACUCUGACGUCACGCUCUAGGAAAUUGCUGUAAGUACACAAUGGACCUUCUACGAAGUUAGUAAGAGGUAGUUGUUGUUUUUUUAAACGACAACUUAAGUUGAUAUCAAUGUAGCCUUUGCAUUUCAUCAAACGUAUUGACGUAAUUUACWAUUUGUUUUCUCCUAAAUACUGAACGCUAGAUAGUUGAGCUAUAUGUAACGUUAGCUGAUUAGCUUCCAUCUCCCCAAUUUCUCUCUCUAUAGCUCGAUGUGUUUUGCGAGUUACCUAGCUAAUGAUGUUCUCGGUUUGACUAACGAGUUUGAGAAUGGCAAACUGAGACAGCCAGUCCCCGCACAUAUAUUUAGCUAGCUAACUAGUGUGUUUGAUCGAUGGCACGGAUACUUCUGCGUUUGUCCGUUGGAGGAAGAGGAAGAUGACAGAGUAGAGGGAUUGACGCGCUGACUGCGACACCAGACCACAGCGGGAACAGCGACUGGCUGACGGACAGGACAGCGACUGGCUGACGGACAGGACAGCGACUGGCUGACGGACAGGACAGCGACUGGCUGACGGACAGGACAGCGAGGCGGAUAAAGAAGAGGGAGAAUGCCGAGGAGAAAACAGUCGAACCCACAGCCCGUGAAAUUAGACGGUGUGGAGUGUGAUCCAGGAUGCCUAGUUCUGGACAGUGACUUCCUGCUUAGUGGAGAGCUCUGUGAGUUUGGAGACACGGAGAUCAUGGGGCUGGACAGAGACACAGCUCUGACGGUGUUCUCUCUGAGUGAUGAAAGCUCCAGCCUUCCGGCUCCGGAUGACUCACCUUCCAGCAUUCCUCUCCUGUAAGGGGUGUGGUCAACUGAUUGGGGCCGACUUGACCUAGGAGCGGGACUACACUUGGGGUGGGACUCUUACUGCACGACCUGUGAGGAGGACGUCCAAUCGGAAUCGCACACAGCCUUGGAGGACACCUCACAAGGGAGGAGUCAACCCCAGCCGUCCAAUCUCAUGCGGUGCAAGACAGGAAGAGGAAGAAGUAAGGCGGGUGAUGAAGAAGCCUGUAUGAAGGUGUACACGUGCUCUCUGUGUAGUUUCUCCUCUCGAUACUCCAACCAUCCUCUAAAACGCCACA